AGAACUCAUUGUCAGAUCAUUGCAGUUACCUUGUGCUGAUGAACAUGGACUGGACUCGGAUUGAUGAGAAGAUCUUGGAUCUCACUUUGGAGAUCAUCUCUCUGCUUACUGGAGAGGAUCAGGUGGUUGCAAAAACGUUUUGUGAGUGUGUUGAUCACAACCGUCCUCACAAUGUAACAGAAGGAUCCUAUAAAACAGAGCGCCUCAGUGCAGUGAUUCCACGUUCCUCGCUGAUACAUGAGAGAGGGAAUGACAAGAAGAUCCUGGAACUGACCAAGAAGAUCAUCCACAUGCUAACUGGAGAGGUUCCUAUAAGGUGUGAGGAUGUCACUGUCUAUUUCUCCAUGGAGGAGUGGGAGUAUCUAGAAGGACACAAGAAUCUAUACAAGGACGUAAUGAAGGAGUAUCACCAGACCCUCAGCUCACUGGAUAAACCUUUAUCAGGUGAAUAUCAUACUCCAGAUUGUGUUCCUGAGUUUGGAAACAAUGAGAAAAGUGUAGCUAAACCUAAAGAUGGACCACACUAUCUGCGAACUAGCAAAGUAAGAAAAAGACUGAAAAAUAAUACACCGUACAUGUGGGAAGAGUCUCCACCGUGUAUAGAGGAAAAUCACAGAGACAUGGACAUUUACAAAGAGACAGAAUAUCCAUCUACUGAUAUUAAGAAGGAAUCGGCAUUACAUGAAGAAGGGAAUCUCACGGGGUUUGACAUCCAUGCAUGCACAGAUAAUACACAGACAGAAUAUUCAUCUAUUCUUAUUAAGGAGGAAUCAGCCUCGUAUGAAGAAGGGAAUCGCCCCCCAGGAGUCGAUAUUUAUAAAUCCAGUCACAAUUCUACUCUUGCAGAUAAUGAAGAUAAUAGAACUUGUUCAAACAUACAUUCUAUCAAUCCUUGUAUUGAAUUAAAUACACCAUAUCAUAUUGAUGGUAAUGCUACUCAGAGCAAAGACAACAUAGAGGAAAUAUUCCCGAUUUCUGAUUGUCCACAAGGCUUCAGUAGUGACACGCAGGAUGUUAAGCAUCAGCCAACUCCUACAGGUAAAUACUUAUUAUCCACGUCAGACCCUGUUAUACAUGAGAUGAAUUACAAAGGAGAAAAUCAGAUUUCAUCUUCUGAAUCUGGGUCAGAUUUUAUUCAGGUGUCAAAUCUUGCUGCAGAGCUUGCGUCACAUAAAAUGGUUCAUAAUAAGGCAGGACCAUACAAAUGUACUGAAUGUUCAAAGAGUUUUAAAAAAAAGCAUCAACUUGUUAAUCAUCAGAAGAUUCACAAAGGGGAAAAGCCAUUUAAAUGCUCUGAAUGUGGAAAAUGUUUUAUUUGGAAAUACAAGAUGAAUUCACAUAAAUUGACUCAUUUAGGCAAGAAACCAUUUAAGUGUAAUGAAUGUGGCAAGUGUUUUACCCAAAAGCGUAAUCUUAUUGGUCAUCAAAUGAUUCACAGUGAAGAAAAUCCUUUUAAAUGCUCUGAAUGUGGGAAAUGUUUUACCCGGGCCUCAAAUCUUGCAUCACAUAAACUUAUUCACACAGGAGAAAAACCAUUUUCAUGCUCUGAAUGUGGGAAAUGUUUUUCCCAGUCUACACUGCUCGCGUCACAUAAACUUAUUCACACAGGAGAAAAACCAUUUUCAUGCUCUGAAUGUGGGAAAUGUUUUUCCCAGUCUAAACUGCUCGCGUCACAUAAAAUCGUUCAUAAUAAGGAAAAACCUUACAAAUGUACUGAAUGUUCGAAGAGUUUUAGAAAAAAGAAAGAUCUUGUUCAACAUCAGAAACUUCACACAGCAGGAAAGCCAAUUAAAUGCACUGAAUGUGGGAAAGGUUUUGUUUCGAAUUCACAGAUGAGUGCACAUAAACGGAUUCAUACAGGCGAGAAACCAUUUAAGUGUAAUGAAUGUGGCAAGUGUUUUGCCGUAAAGAGUACUCUUAAUCUUCAUCAAAUGGUUCACAGUGAAGAAAAGCCUUUUAAAUGCUCUGAAUGUGGGAAGUGUUUUACAAAAAAGUGUUAUCUUAUUAGUCAUCAAAUGGUUCACACAGGAGAAAAGCCUUUUAAAUGCGGUGAAUGUGGGAAAGGUUUUAACUGGGCCUCAGGUUUUAGCAAACAUAAAAGAACUCAUUACAUGAACUGAUUUCACACAGGAGAAAAAACAUUUUCAUGCUCCUAAUGUCUGAAACAGUUUAAUUUAACCCUUUAAGGACGCAUGACAGAAAUUUUCCGUCAUGCUGAUCCUACCCUUUAAUCCAUUAAAACUAAAUUAAGGAUUAUUCAGUUUAGAAUAAGUAUUAGAUUUAUUAUUAGGUUUAUUACAUAUAUGUUUAAUGAUUGGGUUUAUAAUUCAUUUUAGUAUUGGGAUUAUAUUUCAGUUUAUGGUUCGGAUUAAGGUCAGUAACGUGCAUCCGAAAGAUAUACAUAUGGGGAAUAUUUGUACUCCGAAGAUGUUACUGAGUACAGCUAAGAUUAUUUUAUGACAGUGGGACACAG